AUGUAAGGAUAUUUUUGUCUUUUGCAUAAUAAUCAUAAUGAAAACACUAAAAAAUUGUAGAACAAGAAGCGCUUAAUCGGUGCUUUUCUUCUUGUCCACGAUACAUUCACAGAGUUAAAACCUCUUUCUUUUCCUCCAUUGCAUCGCAUUACUCGUUGGAUUUGAAAUUGAAGAAUGACGAAAUCAUUGGAUGUUCCUCCAAAGGGUGGAUUCAGUUUCGAUCUAUGCAGAAGAAACGAUAUGCUUGAAAAGAAGGGUCUUAAAUCCCCUUCUUAUUUGAAAACUGGUACCACUAUUGUUGGUCUAGUUUUUCAGGAUGGUAUCAUUCUUGGAGCCGAUACCAGGGCAACUGAAGGACCCAUUGUCGCAGAUAAAAAUUGUGAGAAAAUUCAUUAUAUGGCACCAAACAUAUAUUGCUGUGGAGCAGGCACUGCUGCUGAUACAGAGGCUGUAACAGACAUGGUUAGCUCACAGCUACAACUGCAUCGCUACCAUACUGGUAGAGAAUCGAGGGUUGUUACAGCACUGACUCUUCUUAAGAGACACCUUUUCAAUUACCAAGGUCAUGUCUCAGCUGCCUUAGUUCUUGGUGGGGUUGACAUCACUGGACCGCAUUUACACACUAUCUAUCCACAUGGGUCAACUGACACCCUUCCAUUUGCUACAAUGGGAUCGGGUUCACUUGCUGCAAUGUCUGUAUUCGAGUCUAAAUACAAAGAAAGUUUGAGUAGGGAUGAAGGAGUUAAGCUAGUCGUUGAGUCGAUAUGUGCUGGUAUAUUUAAUGACUUGGGAAGUGGAAGUAAUGUUGAUGUUUGUGUGAUAACCAAGGGACAUAAGGAAUAUCUAAGGAAUCACCUCCAACCAAAUCCUCGUACUUUUGUCAAUCCAAAAGGCUUUACCUUCUCCAAAAAGACAGAGGUUCUCUCAACAAAAAUUACACCGUUGAAGGAGAACGUCGAAGUAAUUGAAGGAGAUGCCAUGGAAGAGUAGCAAGAUUCGUCGAGUCUGAAACUUAUAGUGCAAAGUUUGUGAUACUUAUAAUUGUACUUUCAGAGGCUUGGUUUUUAUUUACAUAAAAUGAUUUGGAUUUCAUUAGAUUGUUGUAAGUUUUUUACAUAACAUAGCAUAAAACAGAAGAAAGAAAAUAACUAGCAAGACAAUGACAAAUUAGUUGUAGAACCAAUUCAUCUUACUAUUGCUAAAGUCUCUUAUUUGAGUAAAUUCAUCAUUAA